ACAAAACUAGUGCGUGAGUAACUUUCCAUUCGAAUAGACGCCAAUAAAUGUUUCCGAGUGUAUGGAACGUUAAUUGUGAUUGUUAUUAGUUUUUUUGCUUCGGGUUUAAACAUUUACGUGCGUUUUUAAGUUCAUUGUCGUUACUGGCAGUGUUCGGAACGAGGGAAGCAGCAAUUCCCCAAAUAAUAUAAGCACAUUAAGCUAAAUUGGAGGUCGUUCCAAAUUACUAUUAUUCGUAUUACGUCGUCGUCGGUGUGGUCGCGAAUACGGGUGCAAAAUUCCACCCUCGGUUUUCGCUCCGGAACGCGCUACGUGCACUUUCUUCAUAUGACGUAUUUUACAUACAUAAAACGCAUUAGAAUGCCGUUAUUAGCAUUUUGGAGACGCCGAAGUAACUACAGGAAAAAAUGAAAACUAAAAAUGCCAAGCACGUUUUCCUUUGCUGUCAUUCCGCAUGUUAUUGGGAGAAAUAACACUUCAAAAAAUAUCUUUUGCAUUCAGAAUGUAUCGGUCGGAUAAACAAUUUAUGAAAAAUCCAGCAACAGCAUCUUCCAGGAUCUAUGUGGGAAAUCUUACAGACAACAUUAAACCAGAAGACCUAGAUCAGAAGUUUUCCCAGUAUGGACGUAUACUUGGUCUUGUUGUUCAGCGCGGGUUUGGUUUUGUGCAGUUUGAAUCUGAUGAACAAGCUCAGCUGGCCAUCAUGAAAGAACAUGGAAACAUGUUUUAUGGAAAGAAAAUGAAUGUUAAGCAAGCAAUUGACAACACCAACAAGACGAAACCUGGUGGAAACAAUCUGCCUCCCAACAGAAAUCAACAAAAUAACUCGCUGGGAAAUCAGAAUCAGUUUAAUCAACAACAACAGAAUCAAGGAAUGAAUCAAAGUCCAAAUAUGAAUAUGAAUCAAAAUCAAGCAUCCAACAUGAAUCAGAUGAAUAAUUUUCAAAAUCAAGGCAAUCAACAACAGGCCAACAAUUUCCCAAACACCUUUCAGUCAAAUCAGGCCAAUUUACAAAACAAAAUGAAUCCCAACCAAAAUCAGAAUCAAAAUCAAAACAAUAAACCUGAUACCUUCCAAAAGAAUGAAAUGCAUAGUCCUAACAAACCUCCACAGCCUCCAUCAAUAAAACCACUGCAAGUGUCUGAUUCUUAUCAUCCAAAUCAGAAUAAAGGUAUGGAUAAUCAGAAUAUGAACCAAAGUCAGAACCAACAAAUGUCUACGAAUGUAAAUUUGGGCAACAUGGGAAUGAAUGAUGAAUCUCAUAAACGGAAACGAUUAAGAAAUCGUGGAAGUGGUGGUGGGUUAGGCGGUCCUGGUUUAAACCGCGAUUUUCGAGGAGAUAGAGGUGAUUAUAUGGACGAUAUGGAUUCAAUGUAUUACGAUCCACCAUAUGGACAUGGUAUGGGACCUGGCCCGGAUUUUCCUCAUGGACCGGGUGGCCACAUGAAUGCUGGACCAAGAAUGGGGCCAGAUAUAGGUCAUGGUAUUGGUAUGGGGCGUGGAGGAAUGGCAAUGGGUUCUGAUCGAAUGGGACCUGAUAGUUAUCAUGGUAUGCCUCCAGUGGAGAAGCCUGAAAGGAAUGAUUGCGAGAUUAUCGUUGUUGCUAAGGCGCUAACAGAAUAUGCUGAAUACAUUGAACACCGACUGAAAGAAUUGGGUCUGAUUGUGGAUCUACUAUUCCCCAAUGAUGAUGUUCCUAUUGGUAGAGUUCUGGCAAAUAUUUCCAGCAGAGGUUGUUUGUUUGCAAUAUUGAUCAUGCCACAAAAUGAAGAUCAUAGAUCAUUAACACUAAAUAUUUUACAUGGAAUUCCUGAAGAGCAUCGAAAUAUGCCAAUUGAGGAUGCUUUGCUUUUGAUUACAAGAAACUUUGAUGCUUACAUGCGAGGAGAGAAAGCUACGGUAGAGAAAGAUAAAAUGUCAGUGUCUUCUAAGCAUCCAGAACAUGUUCAGAUAAUAGUAAAUUUACUCGCUGAAAAUCGGCAAAUAGCAAGUCACUACUAUGACAAACUUAUAGCAUAUCUUCAAGAAAAGCGAGAUCUUCAAUAUAAGUAUGAAAUCGCCGAAGGUUUAGAGUCUGGUAUUGAACCGGAAACUAAAAAUAAGCAAGCCGAAUUACAAAAUCGUAUUAUGAAUAUUCUUAACAAGAAAAUGGAUGAACCUGCACAGCCUGAGUCCGAAGCAGUUUCUGCAAAGGAAGAACCCGCUCCACUACUCACGGAUCCAUCAGUUCAAAAAGCGUUGGAUAGUUUGAUACUAGGGGAUAUGUUUAAGAAUCUUGUGCAGUAGAUUUUAAUUUAAUAGUAACAUGGAGAACAAUAAAUGUUCGGCGAGUGUGGUCUACAGUUAAUUAAUUUACUGUGGUUCCCUAUAAUGAGUAACUUUCAAGCCGGGUGCUUGCCAGCCGUCGGAUACUUUACCGUCGCUAUGACUUGGAUUUAUUAUUUAUUUAUUCAACUUUAAUUCGUUAAUAUAAGCAACAUUUCUUCUCAAUAUCAUAAGUUUUACUACCUUGUAGGACAAAUAAGUGAGUGACAUCAAUAACCCUUGCAACUAACAUAUUCAUUUUAUUCAUUCAUUUUAAUAUUUCUGUUUAUCCUUAACGUGCAGUGAAACUACAAAGUACUUGUUUGUAUGAGUUCCAAUAAAAGACAAUUUAAUACUUUAA